GUUUAGAUACUCAGUUGGAUGCAAGCAAGUGGCCUGAGAGGGUGCUGUUUUUGUGGUCACGCUUACUUUUGAACGACAAAUUAUCGGAUCGGACCAAACUGGAGUAGUUUGCACUGUAGUCCUUCACAUUUAAAGUCGAUUUCUGUAAAAGAAACACAAACGAAAUGUACCCAAACUGCGCAAAUGAUGGUGACGGGGGAGGAGACGGGUGCAAGCACGAAUCUAUCGAAAUGAGCAAAGAGUUGACCCAGCCACAAAAUUUUCAGUCUAAUACACCAACAAGUACGGACACGUCCAACAAACAGCAGUUGGUUAAAAUUGAACAGCUCCCCGAACGCGGAUCAUGGUCAUCCAAAAUGGAUUUCAUACUAUCUGUAGUAGGUCUAGCAAUUGGCUUGGGAAAUGUUUGGCGAUUUCCUUAUUUGUGCUAUAAAAAUGGAGGAGGCGCAUUUAUAUUACCGUACAUCAUAACGUUGUUCCUAGCUGGAAUUCCAAUGUUUUUUAUGGAGUUAGCUCUUGGUCAAAUGUUGACAAUUGGUGGUCUUGGUGUAUUUAAAAUUGCACCCAUAUUUAAAGGAAUUGGAUAUGCUGCUGCCGUUAUGUCUUGUUGGAUGAAUGUCUACUAUAUAGUCAUUCUGGCUUGGGCAGUGUUUUAUUUUUUCAUGUCGAUGAGAGCUGAUGUACCUUGGAGAACGUGUAACAAUUGGUGGAAUACAGUCAGCUGUGUCAAUCAAUAUGAAAGGAAAAAUUUAAAUUGUUGGGACACGAUAAUUAAUGGCACCUCGAAAAGGAUAUGUUCCGUGUCUGCAGUAAACAUUACUUCUUCAGAACUUACAGACCCAGUAAAAGAAUUUUGGGAGCGUCGUGCACUACAAAUUUCACAAGGAAUUGAGGAGAUUGGAAAUAUUCGCUGGGAAUUGGCUGGAACUUUAUUACUUGUGUGGAUCCUCUGCUACUUUUGCAUUUGGAAAGGAGUAAAAUGGACUGGGAAAGUCGUCUAUUUCACUGCUUUAUUUCCUUAUGUUCUUCUGACCGUUCUGCUAGUUCGUGGAAUCACCUUACCCGGUGCUUUGGAAGGCAUAAAAUUUUAUAUUAUUCCAAACUUUUCAAAGUUGUCUAACUCCGAGGUCUGGAUUGAUGCUGUUACGCAGAUAUUUUUCUCAUAUGGCCUUGGGUUAGGUACCCUAGUAGCAUUAGGAAGUUACAACAAGUUUACCAAUAACGUUUAUAAGGACGCGCUUAUUGUCUGCACAGUUAAUUCUAGCACCAGUAUGUUUGCUGGAUUCGUAAUAUUUUCUGUAAUAGGAUUUAUGGCUCACGAACAGCAGAGACCAGUAGCUGAGGUAGCAGCAUCAGGACCUGGACUGGCGUUUCUUGUUUAUCCUUCGGCGGUUCUGCAGCUGCCAGGUUCUCCAAUGUGGUCUUGUCUCUUUUUCUUUAUGCUGUUGCUCAUCGGAUUGGAUUCGCAAUUUUGUACAAUGGAGGGGUUCAUCACUGCGAUUAUUGAUGAAUGGCCACAGCUGCUGCGGAAACGCAAAGAAAUUUUUAUUGCUAUUGUAUGCGCACUUAGCUAUUUAGUUGGCUUAACCUGUAUUACACAAGGCGGCAUGUAUAUAUUUCAAAUUUUGGAUUCGUAUGCAGUUAGCGGCUUCUGCUUACUGUGGCUCAUAUUCUUUGAGUGCGUCUCAAUAUCUUGGUGCUACGGAGUUGAUCGAUUUUAUGAUGGAAUAAAGGAUAUGAUCGGAUACUAUCCCACAGUUUGGUGGAAAUUCUGUUGGUGUGUUACCACCCCUGCUAUAUGCUUGGGCGUCUUCUUCUUUAACAUAGUUCAGUGGACCCCAAUUAAAUAUUUGGAGUAUAGUUACCCAUGGUGGGCGCACGCUUUUGGUUGGUUUACGGCUUUGUCAUCCAUGCUAUAUAUACCAAUAUAUAUGUUCUGGCUGUGGAAACGAACUCCUGGUGACUUGAGUGAGAAAAUCCGUGCUAUAGUUAGGAUAGAGGAGGAUGUAACUCGGUUACGCGAGAAAAUGCAGAGAGAAGCUUAUGCAAAGGAGAUUGACUUCAAUUCUUUAUAGACGUAUUUAAGUUAUAAAAUCGUACGUUUUAAGGCACUUUUUGUUAACACGUUCAUUCAGCUAAAUUUGAAAUCAUUCACAGCAUCGACCACUCAAUUAA